UAGUACAAGCUGUCCUCAACGCUUCCUGGUCAAGCUCGUGUCUUCUAUGUCGCUGUCAGUCUUCCACCGACACGGGAAAGAUCUCGAAGCCCAGUUGCUGUCAUUUGCCACCUUCGCCGUCCGGGACGCCUUCAUCGACAUAAGUCAACAUUUCUCUACCUUUUCCAGCAAUGCGAUUCGGGCAGGCUACGCAUUCACCCUGUCGGACAUGAAGACCAUCGUUAUCCCAGUGACUUGUUACGGAGUAUUGAGUUCGCCGCGGAUGCCCGAAUUACAUACUAUGUUACGCCUUGUAACUUGGGUCUGGCUCUUCCUUCUACAAUUCUGCGCUGCCAAUCAGAUGUAUAACACAAAAGAAGAUUCCAUCAACAAGCCCUACCGUCCGAUACCUGCCGGAUUGAUGACCGUGACGUCCGCCUAUGCACUUAGGUGGACUCUCGUACUGUUAUGCCUCUAUCUUUCCUGGAACAAUGGCGUUCUACUUCCAGGAAUAUCGCUCACCCUGGCUUUCAUCGCUUACAACGAGGGAGGCCUGGACUCGCGUUGGUAUUCGAAAAGUCUUUUGAAUGCGAUCGGAAUAGUGUCCUGGGACGUGGGGUCAGCUGGUAUUGCUAGUGCAGGUCACCUCAACUUGACUGAAAAGUUCUCGAUAACGCCCUUCCUCAGCGUCGCGAUAAUCUGGACUACCAUACAUGUUCAAGACUUUAGGGACGAAGUCGGCGACCGCGUGCAAGGACGAAUAACUCUGCCCACACUUCUGCCCGAAGCAAGUAGACACAUCACGUUUUUCUUAAUAAACGCAUGGUCUAUUGGACUAGGGCAGUAUUGGGGCUUGUCGAGUAUCGCCUACGCUUUGUUCGUGUCGUUUGGUUUUUACCUAUCCCUUCGUAUCCUUCUUCAGAGGACAGAAGGCGAAGACAAGGUGUCCCUGCGACUGUACAUGCUGUGGUUAACUAUCGCUCGGACACUGCCCUUCCUUCGGGCUCAUCAGGCUAUCUUCAGAUAAUACUCUUACGAACUAGGUGCCAUUGGUGCACAAUAACGUGUUGUACUUAUAGGCAAGUACAACUGAGAUCACGCAUUCUAUAUUUAUGUAUUCAAGAAUGUAAUGUAACGUUUUUAUGAAAGUACGAGAUAUCUCAUGUACUUGAAAAUAAUGUGACCAUCAUGUCUUCCUCCAAAGUUUGCCAAUCGAUAGUUAUUUCAUGUAAUUCCAAGCUGGAAAGGAUAUUUAAUCUACACCAUCGAAUUCUUAUAUUUCUCUG